GUAUGUAGACAACCUCCGAUCCAACACACAACUACACAAAAUCAAGACAACAAAACCCAGAAAAGGAAAUUAAAAAAAAAUGGUUUCUCUGCGCUUCCCAUUCUCGUUUUCUCAGUCACGCCCACCUAACUCCCCUGCCACCUCUCGUUUCCGCAACGCCACCGUCUGCUCCGCCGCCGUAGCCGCCGGAGUUGGCGCUAUCGCUGCCGGAGUUUCCCUCUCACAGAAUAACACAAGCCCAUUUAUGCAGAACACACUAGAGUUCUUGAUAAAUAAAUUCACACUCAAUUACAAUGAUCCCAUUUGGGGCUCACUUUCUUUGGCUGCUGCGAAGGCAGACAUUACUGAAUCGAAGACUGGUGUUUCGUUUCCGGCAGUUUUGAAGGAUUCUCAGCAGCUUCUUGGAGUUGGGCUGAGGAAAAAGAGUGUCAUGGGUUUGAAGAGCAUCAAUGUUUAUGCUUUUGGUGUAUAUGCUGAUGAAAGUGAUGUAAAGAAAUGUCUGGCUGAGAAAUAUGGAAGCCUAUCUGUUUCCCAGUUGAAGGAAAAGGACGUCAACGAAGAUCUAAUGGAAAGUGAUGUAUGCAUGACUGUUAGGCUUCAAAUUGUCUAUGGUAGAUUAAGCAUCCGUUCUGUUCGUAAUGCUUUUGAAGAAUCUGUUGGUGAUAGAUUACAGAAGUUUGGAGGAUCAGAUAACAAAGAGCUGCUUCAAAGCUUCACCUCCCAAUUUAAAGAUGACAUUAAGAUUCCUCGGGGAUCCACCAUAGAUCUCUCAAAGGAACGAGGUUAUGUACUCCGGACAAAAAUUGACGGGAAAGAGGUAGGAAGCAUCCAGAGCAAACUCUUGUGCCACUCCAUUUUAGAUCUGUACAUCGGCGAUGCUCCAUUUGAUCAACAAGUCAGGGACAAUCUUGAGUCAAACCUGGCCCCUCUUCUAAACGACUAAUUACCAACUGAGAAUAAUUUUGCUGCAUCAUUACACAGAAUGUUGUAGUGCUCGAGUGAUAAUUUGCUGUCUUAUAUAAGAACUUUUUUGUAAUCUAGAUUACUUACAGAUACAAGCAUGGACCAGCUUAUAUCCUAAACCUUACAAUUAAAGUGACUAACUAGUGCUGAGAUAAUGAUAUUUUGGUUGAAAAUCCAAGUCUUGGACAGAGUUUUUAGUGUC